AUGAGUUUCAAAGGCUUUCUCUUGCUUCUCAUAGUACUGGCCUUGUUGUCAGAUUCCAGCGACGCAUGGGGCAGGAGGCGCAGGCGUAGCAGCGGCUCGCGGCGGAGGCGCAGUAGUUUAUUCAGGAGAGUCGCCACCAGUAUCACCAGCAUCUUCAAGCCUUCGUCGUCCUGCAAGAUUGGCAGCAAUGACUAUCCGUAUAGCCAGGACUUGGCACGGAAGAUGUUUGUGUACUCCGGUAUUUCCUACUAUGUCAAGGAGCCACCGCUACUAGAAUGGAAGUGCACCGCUUGUCGAGAAAACACUUUGGUGACUAGGUUUGACAUCGUCGCUACACAUACGUACAGUCGCCUGCAUUUGGCUUACUUCGUCGGCUACGAUCCUGCACUAAAAGCUGUGGUGGUGGCCAUCCGCGGCUCGGACGGGCCGAACGUUAUAAACUGGUUCGGAGUCAACUUCCGGAUCGCAAAGGUGCGCCCAAGCCUAUUCCCCGCUGAUUCUGGCAAGGUGCACAAGGGUUUCAACAACGCUUAUAACGCUAUUCGCAAUCAAAUGUGGGCUGCAGUUCUUAGCACGCAAAGAGAAGCAAGGUCCAAAUAUCACGUAACGACACCCAAUCGUGUGUAUGUGACAGGCCACUCCAUGGGAGGAGCCAUAGGAGUGUUAGCUGCACUCGAUCUACGCGUUAACAGAGGCAUGGACGUCAUCAUGAUGAGCUUCGGUGCUCCCAAGGUUGGCGAUGAAUGCUUUGCCGCAUACUACGGUCGUCAUGUGACCAAGAGCAUUAGAGUGGCGCAUUCACUGGACCCCGUCACGCUCCUGCCCCCCACCCCCGUUCUCGGGUAUUACCAUGUCCCACGUUACCAUAACGACAGAUCGUCGCGUUUCAAUCACUUGGCGUAUGUGGGCUAUAAGCUCAGUGCGCUGUACAACAAGCGUCGCAAGCGUCGUCACGUGAUCAUUACCGACCUCACUCCACACCUGAACAAGCACAACAAGUACACGCAUUAUUACAUGAAAUGA